CAUUAAUGACCAUGAUGAGCAUGACAAGGAAGCAGAUAGAGAGACAGCAGAUGAGCCUGAAGGUAACAAAACUCAUGACCAUGAUGAGCAUAACAAGGAAGCAGACAGACAGCGGAUGAGCCUGAGGGUAACAAGACUCAUGACCAUGAUUAGCAUGAGAAGGAAGCAGAUAGAGAGGCAGCAGAAGAGCCUGGGAGUAACAAGAUCUGCAAGAUUAGGUUUUUGGAUCUAUUGGUGUGAAAGGUAUGAUACUGAUAUUGACAUUGGAAAAGGUCUAUGGAUGUUUGAAAUAGGGGUUCUAAAUUUUUUUUAUCUGAGUCCUCUAUAUAAAUAACCUGUAGGUCAAACAUUAGUGAAUGGAUUAUUUAAGAUACUAUCCUUCCCCAGAGAAGAUGUGAUAUCUAUUUUUGAAAAAAAUUAAAGUCCUAUAUACUAGAGAUCUGCAGUUAACUUCAGCAUAUCCAAUUCAAUUUAUUGUAUUAACUGAAU